UUCCAACAAAAUCCACUUUGGUCAUGACAGGUUCUUCUUUUUCUUCUUCUCGACCACACCACUUGCUCUUCUUUAUAGUAUUAAUUUUUCCAUUUCUCAGCUUAGCACAAGAAUUACCCGUCAAUAUAGACGGUAUUAUCUGGGAAAUCCCUUCAAAUUCAUCAUGUCCAUCAUCCCAACAAAGCAACUUGUCCAAUUUCCAAUUCUCCAACAAUCUUAAAAGUCUUGUCUCUUCAAUCCCUUCUCUCCAUUCCAACACCUACAACUUCUACAACCUCUCGGUCGGAAUUAAAGAACGAGUCGAAGCCAUUGGAAUCUGCAAUAGAGUACUCACUCGAGCAGAUUGUUUAAACUGUAUCUACCAAGCCGCAGUGAAUCUGACCACAAAUGACUGUCCACAACAUAGAGAAGCUUACAUACGUGCCACGAAAUGUAUGUUUCGUUACUCGGACAAACCCAUUUUCGGAAAACUCGAAACAAGUCCUAUAUUAGAGUUAGAAAACCUGAACAACGCAGCAACGGGAGAGUCUGUUCGGUUGCAGAGCGAGUUACUGAACGGACUCAGACAACUUGCUGCGGCAGGUGGCUCAAUGAGGAAGUAUUCUCAAGGAAAUAUUACUGAUUUUCUACCUAACAGAACAUUCUUCGCUGUCGUGCAGUGCACGCCGGAUUUGUCUGAGAAAGACUGCAACGAUUGUCUCAACUAUGGUUUCAGGAACGCAACCAAAGGGAGAUCAGGGAUCAGGUGGUUUUGUCCCAGCUGUAAUUUUCAGUUAGAGAGUAACUUGAGAUUCUUCGGUCUCCAGAGCCAGUAUGAGCCUGAUCUUCCAUCAGCACCACCCGAACCAAGACCAGAGACUGAACCGGAACCAGGAGAAAAGAAAUUAAAUAUUAUACUCAUCGCUGUUGGCUCUGUUGCUGGUUUAGCCAUAAUUGUUGCCUACCUUUACUUCAUGUUGACAAGGAAAAGAAGAAAGGGAAAACAAGGCAAAGAUGUCCAAGACAAUAAGAUUAAAGAUGCACAACUAUUGCAACUCGACUUUGAAACCAUAAGAGUAGCAACUAAUGACUUCUCUUCUGGGAACCAGCUUGGAGAAGGUGGCUUUGGUGCAGUUUAUAAGGGUGUUCUUGAUUCUGGAGAAGAGAUAGCUGUGAAAAGAUUGUCACUGGAAUCCGGACAAGGAGACCAUGAGUUCAUAAACGAAGUAUCGUUAGUUGCGAAACUUCAACAUCGGAAUCUUGUUAGGCUUUUAGGUUUCUGCUUGGAUGGACAAGAGAGACUACUCAUCUAUGAGUUCUUCAAGAACACAAGCCUUGACAAUUACAUAUUUGAUUCAAAUAGGAGAACGAUCUUAGAGUGGGAAAAACGUUAUCAGAUAAUCGUAGGUGUUGCGCGAGGUCUUCUUUAUCUCCAUGAAGAUUCUCGUUUCAAAAUUAUUCAUAGAGACGUUAAAGCAAGCAAUGUUCUAUUGGAUGAUGCAAUGUAUCCAAAGAUUGCAGAUUUUGGAAUGGCUAAAUUGUUUGAUACAGACCAACCAAGUCAAACUAGGUUUACAAACAGAGUUGCAGGAACCUACGGUUACAUGGCUCCAGAGUAUGCGAUGAAGGGGCAGUUCUCAGUGAAAACUGAUGUAUAUAGCUUCGGCGUACUAGUCCUUGAGAUCAUUUCAGGCAAGAAAAACAAUUGGUCUCCAGGAGAAGGAAGCUCAUUGUUCCUCCCUAGCUAUGUAUGGAAGAGCUGGAGAGAAGGGAAAGUGUUAAACAUCGUGGAUUCAAGUCUGGUUGAGACAGGAGGUCUAAGUGAUGAACUCAUGAAAUGCAUUCACAUUGGUUUGUUAUGCGUUCAGGAGAAAGCAGAGAGUAGACCAACGAUGGCUUCUGUUGUUGUAAUGUUCAAUGCAACUUCUUUCACUUUACCGAGACCCUUGCAACCUGCUUUUUACUUAGGAGAUAGAGAAUCAAGAGAAGACCACAUACUUGUUGCAUCAACAAUGACUUGGAAUGAAGUUACAAUCACUGAGUUAGAUCCUCGUUAAUUCGUAUGGAAAGACAAAAAAGUUUAAAAGUCAACUUGAAUGAUCACUUGGGUGUUCUUGAUUCUGAAGAAGAGAUAGCUGGGAAAACAUUUGUAACAUUCCAAUUUCUGGUAUAUG